UCUGGCAAACAGUUCUGGACAAUGGUGUCGUCGAAGAAGCCGAAGAGCGAUGGCGUCAAUAAAGGCGACGGCCUCAACGCACGCAGCUCCGGCUCCAAAUCGAAGAAGAAUUCGUCAAAUAAGGCGAAGUUAAAGGAGGCUGCGAAGAAGGAUGCGGAGGUUCACGAGAUCUCGGAAUCGUCGAGCAGCGAAGGGAGGCGUGAUGAGCCGAAGGAAAGCAAUGGCGGCGUCGUGGUUUCGGAAGACGCUAAGAUGAUUAGGUUCCCGAUGAAUCGGAUUCGGAGGAUCAUGAGAAGCGAUAACUCAGCUCCUCAGAUCAUCAUGCAGGACGCUGUGUUUCUUGUCAAUAAAGCCACCGUACAGUACCAACCAUUAGUAUAUUGGCAUGAAUUGUUCAUUGAGAGGUUUUCUGAGGAAGCUUAUGGAAGUUCUGUUAAGGACAAGAAGAAGUUCAUCCACUACAAGCAUCUAUCAUCUGUAGUGAGUAACGAGGAGAGAUAUGAGUUCCUUGCGGAUUGUGUUCCUGAGAAACUAAAAGCAGAGGUGGCCUUGGAGGAAUGGGAUAGAAGCAUGACAGAUGUAGGCUGAGAUUUAACCGUUGGAAGGAACCUACCUGAACCUUUGGGAAUUUGAGUCAUCUCCAAUCUUCUCACUCCUUUAUAAUCCUUAAUGAGAUUGCACAUAGUUCAUUUCUAGAAUGUAUUACCACCUUUUUUCUUUAUUUUUACGAAUUCGAGUUUAUAAGAGUUUUCGGAACUAUAAGGUUUUACUUUCCUAGUAUAAUAAUGAAAUUUAUGAUCGGGCAAUAAGACAUACUAUCGCCCCUAACAUAUUGUAAACGCAAGCAUUAACAAGAGCUUACACUACU